UCCCGAAGUUCUAACAUGAUACUAUGUAGGGAUUCUACUUGCUAGUCAGCCUUCAGGAGAUCCGAUUAUGUCGAGUUGUCACAUGAGGAUCCACCAUUAGACAUGUACGCAAAAUUAUGACGUGAAUGGGACACUUGGCCACGAAUAUGGCUCCAGAUGUCCUGACUUGCUAAAGUUCUUACGAUGUGCUUCGAGGGCUGCGCAAGUAUAAAAACCCUCACAACUUCGACACAUUGGCUACCUUCUCGAUUACAAUCAUGCAACUCUCGUUGAUUUUCAGGACGCUUAUGUUCUUUGCCGCUAUUGUUGCUGCAUAUUCCCCGCUAGACUUUGGGACGAAACAUACAUCUGUGGCUAAGCGCGAGGGGCUCGACUUUGACCUCACUCGCCAGUUGAACGUUAGGGCGCCUGACGUUAGUCACAUUUCAGCGCCCAACGAUCCUGAUGAUCCUGUCCAGCCUAACGAUCCUUUCGAGUCUAAUUAAAAUGACCGAUGAGUGGCGACGAGAAGUGUGGGGAGUAACCAUGCGUUACAAGAAAGCUGUACAAUAGAGGUGGACCGUGAGGGGUGCUACAACGUCGUCAGUCACUACUACAGCUUUUGUUUGUAGAAUACUUUCUUUGCGUUUCGCUUCGUAUCUUGUUCUA